GGUGACAGCUGGGUAAAUUCACCGACAUACAGGAAGAAAGAGACGAAGCCCAGUCUGCUGGUCCGCAAGCCUGCACACUCCCACGGAGCACUGACGGAGAAAUAAAGGACUCAAUCACUGCUUGACCAGUUUAGCAGGUAUGUCGGAGUUGGCGUCUCUCGUGCAGCGGCUGGAGGUGGCUGUGGGCCGCCUGGAGUCCAUGUCGGGACCCGGUGCUGCUGGAGGUUCUGCUGGUGGAGCUCAAUCAGAGUACGUCGAUGCCUUUGAUGAGAUUGUAAAUGGUUGUGUCAACGUGUACUUGGGUCUCAGCCAGAAGAUAGGAGGGGAUGUCCAAAAACAUGCAGAGAUGAUGAAGCAAGCUUUCUCUGCUGUGAGACAACUCCUCGUAACAGCUUCCUCCUCCCAGAAGCCCGCUGAUGCAGCUAUACCGGCUCUCCUGCAACCAGUCUCCAAAGUGAUUGAACAGGUGCAGUCCUUCCGUGAGGCAAAUCGCACCUCUCCACUGUUCAACCACCUUUCUGCUGUGAGCGAGAGCGUGCCGGCCCUUGGAUGGGUUGCCGUGGCUCCAAAACCGGGCCCCUUUGUUAAAGAAAUGCAGGAUGCCGCCACGUUUUACACCAACCGUGUGCUCAAGGACUACAAGGAAAAGGACAAGACACAUGUGGACUGGGUGAAUGCAUACCUCUGUAUCUGGACUAAGCUGCAAGAAUACAUCAAGAAAUACCACACCACUGGGCUGGCCUGGAGCAAGACUGGUCCCGUCGCUUCAGCCUCUGCAGCUCCUCCCAGAGCGCCUGCUGGUGGAUGUCCACCUCCACCUCCCCCUGGACCUCCUCCUCCCCCAAUGGAAGUAAGCGGAGGUGGAGGCAGCGGUGACGCUGGCGACCGCAAUGCUUUGUUUGCCUCCAUCAACAAAGGAUCUGACAUCACCAGGGGCCUGAAGCAUGUGAGUGACGAUCAGAAAACUCACAAAAACCCUGCUUUGAGAGGUCAGAGUGCUCCAGUGCGCACUGGACCAAAGCCUUUCUCUUCCACCCCCACUCGCCCUGCUGCAUCAGCCACCCCGACCCGUACGCUGCCACCUGUACUGGAGCUGGACGGCAAGAAGUGGAAAGUGGAGAAUCAAGAGGGAGAUCAGAAUCUGCUGAUCAGCGACACUGAGCUGAAACAGGUCGUCUAUGCUUACAAGUGCAACAAGAGCACACUGCAGGUCAAAGGCAAACUGAACUCUAUCACUUUAGACAACUGUAAGAAAAUGGGUCUGGUGUUCCAAGACGUCGUUGGCAUCGUAGAGAUCAUCAACUGCAGGGAUGUCAAGGUCCAGGUCAUGGGUAAGGUUCCCACCAUUUCCAUUAACAAGACGGAUGGUUGCCACGUUUACCUGAGCCAGGACUCUCUAAAAUGCGAGAUCAUCAGCGCAAAGAGCUCAGAGAUGAACAUCCUGGUUCCACAGAGCGAUGGAGAGUUUACGGAGCUCCCUGUGCCUGAGCAGUUCAAGACUGUCUGGGACGGCCAGAAGCUUGUUACCACAGCAACAGAGAUUGCGGGAUAGAGGGGGCAGCGAGUGAAAUGGCAGCAUCUCCUCAACACCAUCCUCCUCCUCGUCCCCUUUUUUUGCAAAUGCCUACCUGACUGAUCGACCGCCCCACCAGCUAACUCUCACACUGCAGACUGAGAUUCGGACCUCAUGCGUUUAUCUCCUUCCCCUCCUUCCUCAUCAGCCAAUCACAGCUUAAGCUGUUCCUUCCAUAAGCCAAUGAGAGGACUGCUCUCUUUAUCUGGAGCGAUCCUCCAGCCAAUCAGGGAGCAGCUUGUCAUUUGAAUUGGUUUUCCCUGUGACCAGUUAAAAAAAAACAUUGAAUUUGCCAACAGCUGGGAUGCUCUGUAUGAUAUUUUGUAUCUAUCUGGAUAAUGCGAUGCUAAAUUUGACAUGUAGAAUAGCCAACAUGGAGACGGGUUUAUCGUCACUUACAUGGUUAAUGAUUCCUCUGUAAUGAAAGCACUGCAGCCAGUCAGGCUUCACUAUCAGGAUGCUUCAGGUGUUGUUCUUUCUCCUGCUCUCACUUAGGAGAUUGUUCUUAAGUUGUGGCCUGAUAGAUUUCUGUUUGAUUAUGCACUUCACUGUAAAUUUUACCGAAGAUAAUAGUGUCCAUAUCAUCACCACUGACUGUAACGAUAUUAACUUCCAUAGUGGAUAAUGAUGUAAUGUCAACACUUGAAUAGAAGUAAAACAAGUCGUGUGCAAGACCACUAUAUUUCACAUCAUGACACUCAUGAUCCAGAUGAUGUUUGGAAAAUGAUUAUGAUUCCAUGUGUUUUCCCUCAAAAACUUACACAUAGGACAUUCCUGAGUAUU